GUAAAUCAGUGGUGUCCAUUAGGCCUGCUGUCCUGCUGCUUUUCCAACCCUCCCUGUCCCAGCUAAUACUGAUGACCCAUUGGUCCGGUGGGUUCAGUCAGUCAGCAGCUACAGUAAGUGCAGUAGUGACACACUGAUCAAGGUGAUCAGCUGGGAGAGUUGGAGAACCAGCAGGGACACGGCCCUCCAGGACUGGACCUAGACAUCCCUGAGGUAAAUGCUUUACGGGGCGUCGACGUCUUUGCGUCAUCACCACGCCUUCUAACGCUGGAAGUUACGUCACGUUACGUCGGAACAGCCUAGCAACUUCUGCGGUAACCGGAAAACGACAGCGAAAGGAAAAGCCGGGUUAAUGAUAUACUCGAACACUGGCAGCGGCGGCGGUUCUAAGGAGGAGAGCUGUGGGGGUGCGAUCGGUGGAAGAACUCCCACGGUGAAGUAAAGAAGCAACAGGAGGUUGUGAGCUGGGCGGACAUGGUGGACGGCAGCGGGCUCCCAGCCACAGCCUGAAGCCCAGGCGGAGGAAACCGAGCCCGGAGGCGCCUGUACCGGGGCUCUACGUGCUUUUAAUGUUACAUGGGAAGCCGGGGCCUCCCAGCACGCUAGCCCCUCAAGCCGUAUGGCGUCCAACCAAGCUCGGAUAGGCCAGCAGGCCUUAGCGGUGCUGGAUGUGGCUCUGCGAGUUCCUUGUAUCUUCAUUAUCGACGCCAUCUUUAACUCAUACUACGACCCCGGUUCGGGAUGGGCCCGGGUCAUGGCUAAGGUGCUGGUCAGAGUGAUGGGAGUUCUCGUCUCUACCGUCGUGCUGCUGCUCUCCCAAAAGGCCUUGUUCAAGUUCUACACCCUCUUCUUCGCUGUCCUGCUUGGCAUGACGGCCGCCCUCAUUAACUACUAUGCCACGUCCCACAUAGACUUCUACAGCGCCUACUACAAAGCAGCGCUGGGCUUCAGGCUGCUGCCCAGAAACGGGCCUACACUUUGGCUGGGCAUGGCUGCAGUCCAGCUUGUGUUUGGAGUGGGCUAUGUGUUCCUGCUCAACCUCCAGUCGGUGUUCGCUGCACUGGUUGUCCUGGACAUCAUGAUGCCUCUGUGGGGGCUUAUGAUUGAGCUGCCUGCAGAUGUCAGGCACAUGGUGGCCGUUUUCUCGGGCCUAGCGCUGGCUCUGAACACAGUCGUGUGUCUGGCCCUGAAGCUUAAAUGGUUCUACUACUCAUGCCGGUACGUUUACCUGCUCAUACGGCACAUGUACAGGAUCUAUGGACUUCAGCUGCUGCUUGAGGAUACGUGGAAGAGGAUCCGGUUCCCUGAUGUGUUGCGAGUUUUCUGGCUGACCCGAAUCACUGCCCAGGCGCUGAUCCUGGUCUACGUGGUACGUGCAGUGAGGAGAGAAAGUGGAGAUGCCACAGGCAGAGCUGCUGAUGGGAGCGCUGACUCUCAGGGUUACCUGCUGAGCUGGGACGUGUUUUGGGAUGUGACAAGUAACCUGAUCAUCUCUGGCUGUGACUCCACUCUGACCGUUCUGGGGAUGAGCGCCGUCAUCUCCUCUGUUGCUCACUAUCUGGGCCUCAGCAUCCUGGCUUUCAUAGGUUCGACGGAGGAGGAGGACAAGCGUCUGGGCUUCGUGGCUCCUGUUCUGUUCUUCAUCUUGGCUCUGCAGACCGGCCUUAGCAGCCUGGAACCGGAGGAACGCCUGGUCCGUCUGAGCCGAAAUAUGUGCCUUCUGCUGACGGCCAUUCUGCACUUCAUCCACGGCAUGACCGACCCUGUUCUGAUGUCACUCAGCGCCUCCCACGUCUCGUCCGUCCGGAGGCAUUUCCCCGUGUUGCUGGUGUCGGUGGCGCUCUUUGUCCUCCCUGUGGUGCUCAGCUACGCCCUCUGGCACCACUACGUCCUCAACACGUGGCUCUUUGCUGUCACCGCCUUCUGUGUCGAGCUCUGCCUUAAGGUGGUGGUGUCACUGACGGUCUAUGGCCUCUUCAUGGCCGACGGAUUUUCCAGCGUCCUGUGGGAGAAGCUGGACGACUACGUCUACUACGUGCGCUCCACAGGCAACAUCAUCGAGUUCCUGUUUGGCGUGAUUAUGUUUGGUAACGGCGCCUACACCAUGAUGUUUGAGUCGGGGAGCAAGAUCCGUGCGUGCAUGAUGUGCCUGCACGCCUACUUCAACAUCUACCUGCAGGCCAAGAAUGGCUGGAAGACGUUCAUCAACCGCCGCACAGCUGUAAAGAAGAUCAACUCCCUGCCAGAGAUGCGCGGUGACCAGCUGAGGGACAUCGAGGACGUCUGCGCCAUCUGUUACCAGGAGUUUGCUACUUCGGCCCGCAUCACACCUUGCCACCACUACUUCCAUGCCCUAUGCCUGAGGAAGUGGCUCUACAUCCAGGACACGUGCCCCAUGUGCCACCAGAGAGUUUACGUGGAGGAGGAGAGUCGAGACAGAGGCGCCUUCUCCAACAACAACGGGGGCUACGCAGCGCCGCAGGACGCCGCUGCCGCAGCCCCAGCGGCCCUGGGCGAGCACCAGCACGGAGAGCCGGCCGCCGCGCUGCUGGCCGAAGGCCUGGCAGCUGGUGCCCAGGCUGCAGGAGGACAGGGGCAGCCCGACAACGAGCUGCUGGAGGACAACGACAGCAUAGAGUAUGACGAGGAGGAGUGGGGGACUCAGAAUGGAAACACGCCAAUAGAAGAAGACUAUAUAAACGACGACACAGAUUCCACAGAAGACUGAUCUAUAAAAGUACAUAUAUCUCUAUUAUAUUUAAGUUAAAAACAACAAUAAAAGACAAUUUCAACAUCUUG